CUCUCACCCCCCCCUGCCCCCCCCCCACCACCUUCAAUCACUAGUAAUGUUCACACGUUAGUAAUGUCCUAUUUGGCAGCUUGUUGACCCUCUGUGUUCCACUCCUGCAGGGUUUAGGAGCCGUUGCUGUGGACGGAGAGACGGGGACGUGAGCCGCCAUUGAGGGUGGCGAGGGUACCAGUGAGCACCCCCCAUCUGCUCGGUGUGCGGGUUGAGCUUUGAGGGGGUGAGCUUCGGUGGAGGACCUCAUGACGGGGCACAACAAGGAGAAGCGUUAUGAGUGCAAUGUGUGUGGCAAGGCCUGCCAUAGCCCAAGCGAGCUAGAGACUCACUGGCGGGUUCACACGGGAGAACGCCCCUUCAACUGCUCGGAGUGUGGCAAGAGCUUCAAGACGGCGAAUGUCCUGAAGAUUCACCAGUGGAUUCACACGGGCGCGCAGCCCUAUUCCUGCUCCACUUGUGGCAAGACCUUUACCCAGUUGUGGAGGCUGCGGGAGCACCAGUGGGUGCACAGCAGUGAGCAGCCCUUCACCUGCUCUAGCUGUGGCAAAAGCUUCAAGUCGUCGACAGAACUGAAGGUGCAUGGGCGCCUGCACCACGGGAAGUGGCCAUACACCUGCAGCGAUUGCGGCAAGGGCUUUUCCCGCUCCAACAGCUUGCUGGUUCACCAACGCACCCACACCGUCGAGCACCCCUACACCUGGACCAAGUGCAGCAAGGGCUUCACCAACACCAGCAGCCUGGUGGAGCACCAGCACACCCACACU